CCUCAUUCAAUGAGUAAAUGUUGUGUGUGAAAUUGUGUUUGUAACGUAAUUUUUCUCUCUUUACUUUGGCUUCACGAUAUGUUUGAAAAACAGUAAAAUCGUCAUGAUUAAUGCGGAAAAUAACGACAUGGAUUUCUUCAGGAGACGAGGUUUCCUUACUCUGGACUCUACUUCUCGAACGGUGAUUUGGGUGGUGGAAAAUUAUCAUUCAGUUUUGGCAUCGGAACAUUCUAUAUGCAGUAAUACUUUUCGAGUUCCUACCCUCUCAAAUUUCUUAUUUUAUAUGUCUCUAUCUCUCAAUGAAGAUUUAUAUUCCUUAAAUGUGAUAAGAACUGUUAAAAAUUCAUUUACGUUCUUGAGGACCAACACGAACUCCGUCAUUAAAGUAAGCCUUAUUCUUACAGACACACUAAAUCGGAUCUCAAAUGAGUUUAUGAUGACAAAAGACAAUGUAUCUGCUCCUAUAAAUUUCAGCAAGAAAGUAAAUUCUGAAAAGUCCAUAAGCGAAGUGAAUUUGGAGCUGAAUUGAGAAGCCACUUAGAAGUGAUACUAGAGGGUGAGAAGGACAAUCAUGUGACGAUAUGUGCUCAAGGAGAAGUUUUUCAAGUACAUCGGACUAUGCUGUGUUCCAGUUCAUCAGUCUUUGCGGCUAUGUUCAAGCAUGACACUUCGGAAAGAACUACCAAUCGAAUUGAAAUUACUGACGUAUCUGUUGAAACCGUUGGAGAAAUGCUUUCAUUUAUGUAUUUUGGUAGCACAAGUAAGCUUUGCCCUCAGACGGCUGUAGAUGUUUAUGCGGCGGCAGAUAAAUAUGAUAUAAUGAGGUUGAAAAAGAAAUGCUCAGAUUUUUUAAUCAGUAACUUAUCUAAAGAAACAGUACUCGAUAUUAUGAUUUUGGCCGACCGACAUGGUGAUGAAGAGUUGAAAGAAUCAACAGUAAAAUUUUUAGUGAAUAGUGCAGCUGAUAUUAUAGAAUCAGACGAGUUCCUUUUGUUUAUAGAAAAUGAAACUGAGUUAGUCAGGUGCAUUAUUUUACAUAUGUUGAAGAAUACUUCAAAAUAAUUUUUAUAAUAUCAUAUUUUGCACAAUCCUUUAUUUAUAAAUGCAUUUGAAAUCUACAUUUUGCCGACGAUGUAAACUCAAUUUACUGCCCAGACUAUUUAGAUCUUGAAAACCAUCUAAAAAGAACUUUUCUUUUUUUUAAGCUUAUCAGAUAGUUUUCGCUGAUAUUAAGUAAAAUUAAUCAAUUUUUUUAUAUUAAUAAAAAUUAUUAAAAUUUACGAAUAAACAAAACAAUAAAGAAAUGAAUUUAUUGUAUGUCAAAUGAAUUCUAUUUCACAAUGACAAUUUUUUGAUAGAAAUGAAACAGGUAAGUGUUAAAAUUAAUACUUACUCGAUGCAUUAACUUUAGAAAUAUUAUAUUUACUGAACAAAGUUGAAGUACUAAUAAAAGUUUUCAAUGUUUCAAUGACAGAAAAGGUAUUAAAAGAAAGUUGACUUAAUAGUGCAUAUUAAAGAAAUGCCUUUGGAUAAGGUUAUCGAAUGAUUUCUAUAAAAGGAAUUUGUUGGUAACAUUUUUGAAGUAUAUUUCUUUUUCGGCAUGUAAUAUUUUUUAAUCUUUCUCAUAUAUUUGUAUUUAAUCUAUUUUACAUUUAAUUUCUUACUUGAAAAUUUGGGAAUUAUAUGUAAAUAAAAAUGUUAUAUU